AUGACCGACAGUGGAAAUGACCUGCGCCUGUAUUUCGCCUAUGGCUCCAAUUUAUCACUCAAACAGAUGGAGAAACGAUGUCCAGACUCUUCCAAGCUCGGCAUCGCUGUCCUCCCACAAUACCGCUGGGGAAUCUCGUGCAGAGGAUACGCGAAUAUCUACCAGAGCGAUGAACACGUCAUAUAUGGAGUCUUAUAUACACUCAGUGCUAAAGACGAAAAAUAUCUAGACAGGAUGGAGGGCGUCGCUAUCGGCUGCUACGACAAAUUCGAGCUCGAAGUCAUCAUGUACGAUGAUUACAUAUCGAACCGUGAUAAUCCAGUCAAGAGGAGUGCAUUGGUCUAUAUAGAUCCCAGAUUGGAGGAAGGACGGCCAAAGGAAGAGUAUAUUGGGAGAAUGAAGGCUGGCUUAGAAGACGCUCAGCUGCCAGAGGGCUGGGUGAAUACGUAUAUACUCCCUCUGCUCUACUAG